AUGCCUGUUAAAAAAAGAGGAAUGAAGAAGAGCGUUUCGUUUUCUGACGAUGAGACGCUCACAAGGGUUCGACAAUCGAACGACAAGAAGCAUAAUGCUAGCCCUGAUGGUCCACCUGUGUACGUCAAGAAGACUGUUCACACCGUGCCAUUGCACUUGGUUGGACUCUUAUAUUAUUUCAUCAAGCUUUCAGAUAGCUAUGACUGCGUAACGCUACUGUACCUGCUAGUACCUCUACAGAUAGCGUAUUUGGCCUUACAGUUCAAUCGAAAUACUGUAUAUGGGCACAAGGUCUUGAAGUUACGGUUGAGCCUAGUGCCAAUUAGUCUGGGAGCGGCCCUAAUUUUGACAAUCCCAUGCAUGUUGAUUAUCAUCUUGUUGGGUGCUCCAAUUGCUAUGCUGCUUCAGAAAACCUGGCUGUUAGCUGCUCACUGCUGCUUUCUUGGCUUACCAGCCGUGUACUCUGUUUUCAAUUGCAAUUUCAAAGUGGGCAUCUUUAAGAAGUACUUUGUUGCCAUUGCAGUGGGGUGUUGGAUCAGCUGCGUUGUCAUCCCCCUAGAUUGGGACAGAGAUUGGCAGGAAUGGCCUACGCCUUUGGUUGUGGGCGCAUACUUGGGAGCUUUCGUUGGAUACACAGUGGGUCCAUACAUUUAA